GGUUUGGUCAGAGCCCUUUGGAGUCUGUUCUAAACCUCCAACAGAAAAAAACCCUAGAACAAACUUCAAUCUCUCAAUGGCUCCUGGUUUCUUGACAAACCCACUAUAUAAAGAACAAUUUAUGAAUCGUUUUAAAUUGGGUGUCAAUGGAAUUGAUCCAAGAUUCAAAGCUGGCUGCAACAAACGAAAAUCAGAAGUUUUUCAUGAUCUGGAUACUACUGGUUUUCUGGAAAAAGAUGAUCAAGAAGAUGAUGUUCAAAAUCUUGGUCAAGAUCUAUCGAUCUCGUCCAUCUAUUCACGACAUAAUAUGUCGGUUUUUGAUCACUCGAAUUCCGCUUGGCAGCUUGGAUGUUUGUCCAAUAACUUCAUGAAAAGAUCAAAAAGCAUGCCGGAAUCAAGUUUCAAUGAUCACGGGUUGUUAGAUACAAUACAUCGAAGCAACAGUACAAGCAGCAUACCGAAACUUGGGUUUCGUGACCAUAUUUGGACGUAUACGCAACGAUACUUGGCAGCCGAGGCUAUCGAGGAUGCGGUUUCUGAGAAUGGGACUCCCAAGGAUGAAGGAAAUAAGGACGGAACACAUCUUGUGCGGCUGCUUGUCUCGUGUGCAGAGGCGGUUGCUUGUCGUGAUAAAGCACACGCUUCGAAUUUGUUGGCUGAGCUUCGUAGUAAUGCUCUCGUCUUUGGCUCUUCUUUCCAAAGGGUGGCGUCAUGUUUCAUGCAGGGGCUUACAGACCGACUGACAUCCAUGCAACCGCUUGGUGCAGUUGGGCUGGUAGCCCCUACAAAAAACAUGAACACAAUUGCGUUAGACAAAAAGGACGAGGCAUUACGCCUUGUUUAUGAGACAUGUUUACACAUUAAAUUCGGUCAUUUUAUUGCCAACGCAACAAUAUUGGAAGUCUUUGAGGGAGAGAAGUAUGUCCAUGUUGUGGACCUAGGUUUGACACUAGGUCUACAACAAGGACAUCAAUGGCGUGGGUUAAUUGAGCGUCUGAGUCAGACUCACACCCCACGCCGCCUUAGGAUCACUGCAGUUGCAAUUGGUCCUUAUGUCAAUCAGUUCGUUACCAUUGGUAACGAACUAAAAGUCUAUGCCUUAGAAAAAGACAUAGACUUUGAGUUUACUAUUGUGGAAAGUAGUUUGGAGAAUCUUAAACCGGGGGACAUUAAGACCUACAAAAAUGAGGUCUUAGCGGUAAACAGUAUUCUCCAACUUCAUUGUGUCGUAAAAGAGAGCCGAGGCGCGUUAAACUCAGUUCUACAAAUAAUCCACGAGCUUUCCCCUAAAGUCUUGAUCCUUGUGGAACAAGACUCGAACCAUAACGGACCGUUCUUCUUAGGCCGGUUUAUGGAAGCACUACAUUAUUACUCAGCCAUUUUCGACUCACUUGACGCAAUGUUACCAAAAUAUGACACUAAACGAGCCAAAAUCGAACAGUUUUACUUUGGGGAAGAAAUUAAGAACAUUGUGAGUUGUGAAGGGCCAAACCGGGUGGAAAGGCACGAGCGAGUGGAUCAAUGGAGGCGUAGAAUGAGCCGGGCUGGAUUCCAAGGUUCGCCGAUCAAAAUGACGAAUCAAACGAAACAAUGGCUCGAAAAGCUCGGCAUUUGUGAAGGGUACACUAUUGUUGAAGAGAAAGGUUGUUUGGUUCUCGGUUGGAAAUCGAAGCCGAUUGUGGCGGUUUCGUGCUGGAAAUGUUAAGCUGGAUUUCUUUGCAUCUAAUAAAACCUUUGUCCUUGAGGACUUUAGGUGGCGGGUAUCGCAUAAAAUUUAAUAAGAUCACGAAAAACUCAUCUCUAAUCAUGGAUUUAUUGAGAUGUAGCAUCCGAUAUCAAUGGUGAGAGUGUUGAUUUUGGGGGUGAGAGAAAUAACAUUUGUUAUCAAAGUAAAAUUAUGUUUUAUAUUGGUUAAAUAUAAAAGUUUAAGUUGAUUUGAGUUUA